AUGCGUGAAAUCGUUCAUCUUCAAGUUGGCCAGUGCGGUAAUCAAAUUGGAUCGAAGUUCUGGGAGGUGAUUUCUGACGAACAUGGGAUUGAUCCAACAGGAGCAUACCAUGGAGAUUCAGAUCUGCAGUUGGAACGUAUUAAUGUUUACUACAACGAAGCGGCAGGAGGCAAAUACGUUCCGCGUGCCAUAUUGGUAGAUUUAGAGCCGGGGACAAUGGACAGUGUUCGUGCGGGUCCCUUCGGUCAACUGUUUCGACCAGACAAUUAUGUAUUUGGACAGAGUGGUGCUGGAAAUAACUGGGCUAAAGGCCAUUAUACAGAAGGCGCCGAACUCGUCGAUUCAGUCUUGGAUGUGAUGCGUAAGGAGGCGGAGAACACGGAUUCCCUUCAAGGUUUCCAGUUGACUCAUUCACUUGGUGGUGGAACGGGUUCAGGUAUGGGAACACUGUUGAUCUCGAAAAUCCGUGAGGAAUAUCCUGAUCGAAUAAUGAACACAUUCUCUGUCGUCCCGUCUCCUAAGGUGUCAGACACCGUUGUCGAGCCAUACAAUGCUACACUGUCCGUCCACCAACUCGUCGAGAACACUGAUGAGACAUUCUGCAUUGACAACGAAGCACUCUACGAUAUCUGCUUCAGGACGCUGAAAUUGACCAACCCGACAUACGGCGAUUUGAAUCACUUGGUGAGUGCGACGAUGUCGGGAGUGACAACGUGUCUUCGAUUCCCUGGUCAGCUGAAUGCGGAUCUACGCAAACUGGCGGUGAAUAUGGUGCCAUUCCCACGUCUUCAUUUCUUCAUGCCUGGUUUCGCUCCACUCACUAGUCGUGGGAGUCAACAAUACCGUGCACUCACUGUUCCUGAACUCACACAACAAAUGUUCGACGCGAAGAAUAUGAUGGCUGCGUGUGAUCCACGACAUGGGCGUUACUUGACUGUGGCCGCCAUCUUCCGCGGUCGUAUUUCUAUGAGGGAAGUUGAUGAGCAGAUGAUGAACGUGCAGAAUAAGAACUCGAGUUAUUUUGUUGAAUGGAUUCCGAAUAAUGUGAAGACAGCCGUUUGUGACAUCCCACCACGUGGAUUGAAAAUGUCAGUGACAUUCAUCGGGAAUAAUACUGCUAUCCAGGGUUUGUUUAAGCGAGUUUCUGAACAGUUCACUGCUAUGUUCCGACGAAAGGCAUUUUUGCAUUGGUAUACAGGUGAAGGUAUGGAUGAGAUGGAGUUUACUGAGGCUGAAUCGAAUAUGAAUGAUUUGGUGAGUGAAUACCAACAAUAUCAAGAUGCAACUGUUAAUGAUGGUGAUUUCGAAGAAGAGGUUUAA